AUCUGUGCUUUCGCGCAAUAACUGGUGCACAAAAAGGUGAACUGGUUUCGCAAAACGGGUUUGAAAAGGGGUUCGUGAUGAUAUUUGUAGAAAUAUCCUUUGAAAUCUGAGAAUUCUGGUUCGAAACUUUUUGGAGCGUAAUAACAUUGUCCAGGGUAUUCUCUGGAUCGUCCGUGGGUGUCUAGAUUAUUCUGUGUCCCUUUUUGGAGCAUUCAAGAAUGUUUAGUAGCGUCCUGAGAUAUGCCCUGUCUAUGUAGGAUGAACAAAUUUAUAAUACAAGGUCUACUAUGGCUCUACAUUUUCUCGACUGGUUUAUUUGUGGUAUCACUUGAACCUGGGUUUUUGGACUUUGACAACCUACCAGACACAAAUUUUUCUUGCGUGGGUAAGGUGAUAGGAGGUUACUAUGCGGAUUUAGAAACCAACUGUCAAAUGUUCCACGUCUGCACCAUAGGCCAACUCGACGAACCUAUGGACAUACGAUUUUUGUGCCUGAAUGGAACAGUAUUCGAUCAAGAAACUCGGGUUUGCGAAAGAAUCGAUGAGGUCGAUUGUUCGAAAUCCGAGAAGUUCUACAGCCUCAAUUUGGAGCUCUACGGAAACACAGCGCCACCUAUAUUAGAAGAAAACGCCGAGACGGAGGCGCCACUGAUCGAGAAACCAGUGUCGUCCACAACAACCACCACAACAACGACCACAACCACGCCACGCCCAACCACCACAACAACAACCGCUAGAACCCAAUACUUCACCAGUUCCUCAAGACCUGUUACGCCUUCACCGUACCACAAAGGGCCAUCUUCCCAUCACUUCUUGGAGCAGACGCCCAGCUUCAGCCCCGAAGAGAUCAACAUCAACUUGAACCCUAGUGCUCCCUCUAAUCAAAGGACGAAACCCUUCGAAUUUCCUCAACACAACCCUUACAGUGACAAUAGCAUUAAGAAAACGUCGUCAACGCCUAGUUCGGUCUUCAAAAGUGACGAUGACGAUCGUUCUGAAGAGGAUGACCAUGAUUAUUCAUCCUCAACGACAGAAAGUGCGAAGAAUAAGUAUAACCAAAAUUUGCAGCAUUCGCAACCUACCCAAAAUACCUUCAAAUAUAACUUUAACUACCACGAUACGAGGCCUAGGGAUUAUAAUCCGUCACGUGGUAGCAACUACCAAUACCAUCACAACUACGCGAAUUUCAGACCACAGGCUCCAUCGAACAACCCUUUCCAUAACAACCCUUACAGGUCUAGUACCCAGAGGAACGAGUACCUACCGGUGACCAGGAAAAACUUCGAGGUUAACCACCCAUCGUCUACAUCCAGAAGCUUCUUCUUGCAGCCCAUCAAAUCGCCGUCUCACCAGUAUUUUACCAGGACUGAGAAGCCCCGAGGCGACCAGUUACCAGUGCCAGUGUUGCCAACCCUAUCCCCAAUUGUUUUCAGUUCCCCUUCACCAUUCUCCCUCAGCAGACAUAUAGAAAACAAGAGAUACACAGACGAGCACGAACUACCACCAAGAAUAAUCAUAAGUGCAAGUGCUAGUGUGAGUGAUGCUAGUGGAAGAACAUUGAACUAUUCCUUAGGUACAAUAGGCGCCGCCCAGAUCCUAGCCCAACCCCCAGCUUCCUACGAUGAGUACAAAGAGGAAGAUGUGGUCCUAGAUCCUUUUUACCACGAUGUGCCAAAACUACGCGAAGACGGAAAGAGGACUAAACGAGAAACGUCGGGAAACGAGGUAGGUCCUGGACAGUCUGAUUUGAAUGCUGAGAAAACUAACAGCAGCGAAUCGAAGAGGUUCAAGAGAGUGCCACAAAGCAUCGAUCCAUCUGAAAUUAUCAAGAGUGAGGAGGAAGCUGUCGAAGUCUUGAAAUUCCUUUUUGACUGGUAUAAAACGCACGAAAAGUCAACCAAACCGCCAAUAAAUAUACCUGUGAGUCCUGAAUUGAUAUCCACAAUAAACGAACAAUUUUCUCAGAGGCCCUAUGUAACUGAUGACUACGAAGAUGAUUCUUCACAGAUUUUAGAAGGGAGUGAAGCACAAGAAGCCGAAGAUGAUCCCACAGAUAUCAACGUACCCGUUCAUCCGACCAAGAAAAACAUUUUUAGUGAUUCCCUUCUUCAACAAGCAACAAGAGGACCAUCCAACAACAUGAACAUCAAUAACAAAAAACUCUUAUUCGGUGUGAAAAGUGAUCCUUCACCAAGUAAAACACAUGUAGACCAGACUGCAACCUAUAACAACAACUACCAUAACACCCCAAAUCCUCCAGAUCAAAAAUUUGAAACGCCGUCGAAUAUAAAAAGUACUAUCAGAGGUAAACCUUACAGAGGACGCCACAGAUUUACUUUUCCAUAUAUUACAACAAGCAGUCCACUACCGCGCGAGAACAUCAACAUCUACGAAAAUCAAUAUGACGAAAACAAAAAGAAAGUUCAGAAUCCUUCACCCUCAGAUUAUGAAGAAUAUCACGAACCACAAGCAAGGGCAAAGAAUAAUCACGAAACUGGUCCAAGAAACAGGGACUUUCAUCUUGAUCAAGGCGAUUCAGGAAUUUCUGACGAUUUCAGAAAUUUCAACGAUCCUAAUCUGGAUGAAAAUAAUAGAUAUAUAACUGACACUAUUCCUUUCACUACUUCACAAAAACCCUUGUUGCGAAGGCUUGAUGAAAGUUUUGCCCAACACGAUGAAGUGGCGACCAAAGUCUCGAUAUCAGAAGACUCGACUACUAAAGUAACUACACAAGAUUACUCUGAACCAUCGGAUGAAGAUACCAGAAAUUCCUCGACAAAACAAACAAUAAACUAUAAAGAAACAACAACAUCAAAUUACAUAGAUUAUGACAGCGAUGUUGGACUGAACAUAAAGGAGUCUGAAAGAACUACAACUGAGGUGCAAGAGACAUCCACUGAAUCUGAUGGUUUUAUUAAUACGUAUGACUAUGUAGAUGAUAAUUAUGAACCUUCAACUUACAUCGAAAACCCGAAAAGGGAUGAUCAGUUGGACAAAACAUAUAAAGAUGAAGUUAGAGGAACAAUACAUGAAGAAACUAAUAUCAAUAUAGACCUCACAGAAACACCAGAAGAACAAAAAUAUGGAAGUCGACAAGAAGAAACAACAACAUAUCAACGUAUCGUCCCAAAUUCGUAUCAAAACGAAAAAUAUACCACGUCUUCUGGAUAUCAAGAUUGGAAUCACACAAAGAUGAAUAGGUCUGGCUUGAUAGAUAACAACCUGAAUAGUUUUAAGGAUAUUUUGAGCAGUUUGAGGAAUUUCCAGAAAAAUGAACAAGAAGUGUAUAAUUACCAACACAAUCUCACCGAAAUCAAGGAAUUCACACCAGAAGAACACUUCACACCAGAAGAACACUUCACUACGCAAAAUGAAGAAAUGACAACAUUGAAUUCAACAUCGGAAAGUAUCGUAAUCACGCAAGCACCACAAGAGGAAAUCGAAACGAGUAUCAAUAUCACAGAAGGAAAUAUCAAAGAAAAGGAUAUUUUCAAUGACAUUGACGAAGAAUAUACGAGCUCUACUGGACAUAACACUCAAACAACCGAAAAUUAUCAACCACAUCUCUACACUUCUAAACCUUUCAAUAUUGAGACCCCAGAUUAUCUCCAGGAACAAAAAUCAACUGAGUACGAAACAACAGAAACCCAAUUUCCAGAAACAUCAGCAAUGCCAACCACCACUCAAAUAAACGAAGAUGACAUUGGCUCAUCUGAAAAUUCAACAGAACCAAGCAGUCAGGAAACUUUUUCUUCAACAAUAGGCUAUGAAGAUAGUGAACAUGUGACCAAGAAUGUUUCCAUCAAAACAACUAAGAAAGUGUUCGAAGAAGAGCCUACAACGAUUUCGCAAUUUUCUGAAGAAGAUGAUAAAAAAGAAGAAACCCAAGUAUCCUCAAGUCCGAGAACAAGGUUUAGGGGUAGAAAUAGAGGUCUGAAAAGGACUUUUGAUGAUAAUAGGGGGCGGGUAGAGAAUAUGCCUGUAUCAGGUGGAACUAGCGGAAGACGAAGAAAUUCUCGAAGAAGACAACAGAAUAAGCCUUUUUACCACCACAAGCUACCUCAUAGUACACAACAGCCCAUUACAACAGUUCCUUACAUAUCCACAACUGAAACCGCAAGCACUGUCGAUAUCACGACAACAAGAAGUUUUGCCACAGAAAAUGUUAUCAAUAUAGAGAAAUUCAUCCUGAAUGAUGCUGUGGAUAAAUCUGCUUAUGAAAGUCUCCCAACUCAGUCGCAAUAUUCUACUCCAAAAGGUUUCUACGUAACUAAGAACCACUACCAAACGGAAAAUCCAAAAGAAAUCAUAUCUUCAACAAUUCUCAACCCAGAGUCAACACCUCUAGGGCAAACAACAGAGCAAUACCGAACAACUGAAACAAAUGGUGUUUCUUUCGAAGAAACUUUUUACACGUCUUUAACCACAGAGCCAAAUGGUGAUACCACAACCUCCAGCCAUGAAUAUACCGACUUGAUAAACAGAGAUCUGGAAAUGGUUGAAAAAACUACUCAAGGGGCAGCUUUAAGCGAGACUAACACAACAACAGAAACAUAUUCUUCUGUCACAAAUACGACCGAAGAAUCCACUGAUUCUCAUGAGAAUUUGGAUCUAGUAUCACAUCAAACAGAAAAACAACCCUCAGAUAUAACAACUACUGAAGCUGUAGAUUCUGUUCCAACAAAUGACUUAUCUAACACUGAUUUGAUGUCAACUAAUACUCCAACUACUUUCACGUAUAAUACUCUGAAUAUAUCAGAAAUUGAAACAGCAACUAAUAGUAUUGCAGUUUAUCCUUCAACCAAAUAUAUUGAAUAUAAGGAAGAAAUCGAGUAUAGUACUGUAGAACCAACAACUCAAAUUACAGAGAAUUACCCAACAACUGAACAGUUAAGUACAGAGAGUAAUACUGAAAACACACAAUCUCAAGAAGAAAUUAUGAACUACACCACCUCGAAUACUGAAAAUACAGAUGCCGAAGAAGUCACAACAAAAAUUGACGAAAUCGUUCAAGAUAGUUCAGAAGAAACUACUACACAAAAUAUAAUACAAAUUUUCGAGGAAAAAGGAAAGCAUGAAAGUGAUAUCGGUAAAGAACAAAAAACAGAAUCGUCUUCAGUCAGAAAUGGACGCAAAUAUAAAGACAGAAAAUACCAACACAAGAAUAAACAGAAAAUUGGAGGUAACAGAUUUUCAUCCAGACAUAGGUUCAGUUCAACAAAUGUUACGCCAAGUACUUCGGGAUCUAGCAGACCCCCUUACAGGCACAGAUUCGGUAGCACCUCAAAAAUAACAGAUACGUCUACAAGUGGGGAAAUUGAGAAAACGGGCGAUAAUGGAAAUGUUUCACAGAAACUGGAAGAAGAGGCUUUGACAGAAAUCGUUCUUUCUAAAAAUGUGAAACCGACAUUAGCAAGCGAGAAGGGAAAGAGUUUAAGUACCACUCCAAUGCUCUAUAAAGUGGAACUUAGAAAAGAAAAAGUUAAUAAACAAUUCGUUUUCAAUUGCUUUGGGAAACCUCUGAAUAAUUUUUAUUCUGAUCCAAGAGACUGCAGGUUGUUCCACUACUGCACAAACGGCUAUUCGAAAAAUCAGUUAUUAGAUAUGAAAUUCGUAUGUGAUUUAGGUACUCAUUUCGAUGAUGAGAAAUUAGUUUGUACACGAGAAAUACCCAAAAGAUGUUUAUGAAGUUUCGACGCAUAUAAAUGAAAACAAAUUCGUCAUUAUACUUUUAAUGAACAAAAAAUUUCAUACAAUGUAUAAAACUCCGAAUUGCAUCAAAUCUAAAAUAAUUUUACAUAUUAUAUCGAAUGUGACAAUUCCUAGUAGACUAAAUUUAUUGUAAUAUAUUUUGUAAUUAUCAAAAUGUAAAUUGUUUAAGAAUACUCAUAGUCUAAUAAAUUAUGAAUAAUGAUGUAUUUUAAUAAUAAAUAUUUUAAUGUUGAUUUUA